CAGCCAAUCACAGCACCGUGUGAUUAGAGACAUUUGUAGGGUCCCUUGGAACAGCGACUUGUGAUUGGACUGUGUCCAAUUGCCCCGUGUCCAACUGAUAUACACCCUGAGACGGGUGCGUAAAAUUGCAGACUACUAUAGAUAUUGAUUUUCAAAGGACAUCCCUCUGAGAUUUUGUAUUAUUUGAGACAAACAUGGGGAGAAUAUGUUGUGUUCCUGGAUGCAAAUCUGGAAAAGAAGUGCCCUCCAUAAAUUUCCCAGAGAUCCUGAAAGAUGCUCAAAAUGGAUAGAAAGUUUGAAGUUGGAUCACUUAAAAAAUUAUGCCAGCAAUGAGAUGCAGAAGAAUAAAGUGUGCCAUAAACAUUUUUGUUCAGAAGACUACAGUCCUUGUUUGUACAAACGUGUUUUGUUAAAUGUUGCAGUUCCUGUAUUGUUCAUAUGUGAUAAUGUAGACACAGAAUCUAACAAUAUGCAUCAUAUAUCGCAGCAACAGCAAUCAGCAAUUUACGUAUCAGAAUAUGCACAGUACAGUCAGGAUGCACAAUGUGCAAAUAAUAACCACAAUACAGCAAUUACAGAAUGCGAAAAGUUAAUGGAUUGCAGCAGUGUACAUCAGAAAGCUUGUGAAAGUUCAAUGCCUGAACAAGAUAAAAUUAAUUCAGUUCUUUCGAAUUAUGGACACAGACUGCAAACACUAGAAAUACAAAUGCAAACUCUAAAAAAUAAAAUAAAAAAACGACCACAGCUACAGGAAAUCACUCAAUCUAGAAAUUUAAGCCCCAUAAGAAUGACAUUUUAUAAAAUGAAUAUUAAACUGAAACGUCGUAAUAAAUAUUUAAAGCGCCUAGUAUAUAAUAAUAAGCAGCAAAAAAAAAGGGAACACUACCUAUUGUACCCAGUACUUCAGAGAAAACAAACAGUGUUACAGCUGUACGAGAAAAUUUCGUCCGAAUGA